GGAGGCCGUGCGCCUGCGCGGAGCCGGCAGUCCGGCAGGGCCGCAGCCGCGGGGUGGCGGGCGGUUGCCGUGGGGACCGCGGGCCCCUCCCUCCUCUGGUUUCCUGCCCCACGCCGUUCGCACCGAGACGCGGAGGACGACCCCAGCCCUUCCCUCCCGCCGGCCCGGCCCGAGCUGCAGCCGGUGGCCGGGCGAGAGGCGGUGCCGCUCCCAAGAUGUCGCAGACGGCCAUGUCCGAAACCUACGUGACUAGCAAAGGAAUGAAUUUUACAAGACUAGUCUUCAAACUUCCAACAUCAAAGGAAGUUUUCCCAUGAGCAGUGUUUGGAAAACCACUGAAUUGGCAUGUAAAGCCAAAUAUCAAAAAGGUGAAAAUAUUUUUUGUUUAAGUUCUUGGUUAUUGGAAAUGCAGGAACUGGCAAGUCUUGCUUGCUUCAUCAGUUUAUAGAAAAAAAAUUCAAAGAUGACUCAAAUCAUACAAUAGGAGUGGAAUUUGGUUCAAAGAUAAUAAAUGUUGGUGGUAAAUAUGUAAAGUUACAGAUAUGGGAUACAGCAGGCCAAGAACGAUUCAGGUCUGUGACGAGAAGUUAUUACAGAGGUGCUGCGGGAGCGCUCCUCGUCUAUGACAUCACCAGAUGCCAGAAUGCUAGCGAGUCAGAACAUUGUGAUCAUCCUCUGUGGGAACAAGAAGGACCUGGAUGCAGAUCGUGAAGUUACUUUCUUAGAAGCUUCCAGAUUUGCUCAAGAAAAUGAGCUGAUGUUUUUGGAAACAAGUGCACUAACGGGGGAGAAUGUGGAGGAGGCCUUUGUACAAUGUGCGAGAAAAAUACUUAACAAAAUUGAAUCAGGUGAGCUGGACCCAGAAAGAAUGGGCUCUGGUAUUCAGUAUGGGGAUGCCGCCUUGAGACAGCUGCGGUCACCACGUCGCGCACAGGCCCCAAGCGCUCAGGAAUGUGGUUGUUAGGAGCAGCGCCAGAGUGUACAGGUAUUCAUACAGUGGUAUUUGGGACACAGUUGUCGGACCUUGAAGAAGAAGUUUUUUACCACCAUCUUUUUCUACUUUAUACAGAAGUAGAUAUUUGUGCAAAGAAAAAUAAUUUGGGGUGUUAUGUAAGCCCGUAGAUGUGGCAGAGCAAAUCAUAUGAUAAUCUCAUUAAAUGGACAGUACCAUUAGGUGUGUACAUGUAUGUAAAAAGUUUCUGUUGCCUAUUUCCCUUCUGCUCUUGGUUUCAGUCCUGACUCUGUGCUGUGUAUACUCUUGUACAAUCUGUCUCCACAGCAUGGUAGCUGAUGUAGGGUAUGAUAGAAUGCUGCUCUAAAUGCAGUCUAAAAUUUUGUGUUUUUUUAGUCAUACGAACUGAAAUCUGUUACUGGUGAGGUGUACUUUGAUCAUCAUGUCAGGUAUCUUGUCUUGCACAGCGUACUCUUUAGGACCAGAUAGGCAAAGACUCUGGCGUUGAUGGCCAGUGCGGCGCUCACUUCGUUCCGUUUGCCACAGUCCACAAAGUGUUUACAUAAUCCACCCUUGAAAUACUAGGUCAGUAGUUCCUCACAUACGGAAAUAAAAUGAAAAAUGGAGUUUUUCCGUGAACUUCACACUGUCCAGCACUCCAGUGAUUUGAAAGUAUCUUCGUCCAGAUCAGUUCAGGAAGCAUAGCCUGAGCACCUGCUGUGUUUUAGGCACUGUGAUCGGCACUAGGGAUUCUGUUACCUUCUCCCACACUUACUAGGAAGUCGAUUCUGCUUUCAGCUCUUCGUAAAUGUGAUGGACGGUGUAAUUUGAGGCUGCUCACCUGUUUCUGGUUGCUCUCUCUGGUCUCCCUGCUGGAAAACGUUGUUUGUUACUGUGCUUUUCCUGGGAUUCAGUGUAUGAUGUCACUGCCUCUUUUUUGAGUCUUUCAUUGUUUUGUGUUCAUUUUAAGGAAACCCACUAAAUCAAGUUAGUAUUAAAGGAAUACCACUCAUUAAGAAAUUUCUGUAUAGCUUUUGCUGGAUACUUAAAUGCCUUACUACAGUUAUCAAGUUGACAUGUUUUUAAUUCACCUAAGGUAUAUUGAAGUAUAAUAUAUAUUGUAUUACAAAGACUUGUUCUAAUAUUUUAAAAUGUCAAUGCAAAAAACAUAUAAUAGAACUUUUCUUUAAAGUUGAAAUGCAGUAUUAUUUAAGGUUAAAGGUUAAAAAGCAUUCUUCACCUUCUGUAUGUUCUUUCACUGUGACUUUUAGCUGCAGACUGAUUGGUAGAUCUCAUUACCUUUCAGUUAGAAGCUGCCCACUGCUUUUGUUGUUUGAUUUAAUCAACAGAGCACAGUGGCAUCACAGACUCUGGAAAGUGACUUGGAUAAAAAUAUCAGUAUGUAUCUGUUCGGGGUAUUUUAAUUUUGCUUUUUUUAAUGCCAUGGAUAUUUCAUUUUGACAAGUCAGAAUGUGAAGCAAAUUCUCAGACUGAACUACUUCUGGGACCUGGCUGGAAGAACAUUCGAUUCAAUGUCUCAUUUAUGGUAGUUUUGCAGGCUGCUCACUUUUGAACAGCUUUUUGCAUGGGAUAGGAGCAUGUCUAUUCUACCACAUUGGCUUAUUCAAAAGCAAGAAUUUUUAAAAUAAGAUGUUAAGUUGGUUUAUAAAUGAGCCUAUUCAUUAAACCACAGGUCCUGCAUAUAAUUCCACAUCCUUUGACCAAUAAAAGUUGCUGGAGAACCAAACCAUGGUGGUUCUUAAUAAAAGCCUUCGGGAGAAAUGAAGAAGGAAGAUAGUUCAGUGUUGCUCAGUGGAGUGUUUUCCAGCACCCUCAACCAAUUCUCUGAGUCUGCAGAGAUCCUAGCGGGGUGGCCAAUUCCGUUCUCAUUAUUAUCCACCUGGAGAUAACGCAGAUCCCACAGGUUCUGGGCGUGGUCUGCCCUGCCCCUCAACGCACACGCACACUUCAGCGCCAGGAGCAAGCAGGUUACCUGUGCUUCUGACCAACCAGCUACAAAUCUGAGAUUCCCACAACCCCCUUGCUUGGGUUUGAUUCAUUUCCUAGAAUGGCUCACAGAACUGAGAAAAACCAUUCUUGCUCGAAUGCUGAUUUAUUGCAAAGGAUACAAACAACCAGAUGAAAAGAUACAUAGGGCCCAGGCUGGAAGGGUCCCGAGCCCAGGAGCCCCUGUCCCCCUGGAGUUUGGGGUGCACCAUCCUCCUAGCCAAGGAUGUGUUCUUGUUCACCAACCUGGAGACUCAUCAAAUCAUGUUCCAGCCUUCCCCCCACCCUUCCCAAGUGGAGGCAGUGGAGCUAAAAUUUCCAGCCCCUCUAAUGAUUUGGUCUUUCUGGUGACCAGUCCCAUCCUGAGGCUCAAGGGGCCCCACCCUACGGCACCUCAUGAGCAUAAACCCCAGCGUGCCCAGAGGGGAUGUUUUGUGACUAACACAACACACCCCAUCACAGGAAAUUUCAAGGGUUUUAGGAGCUCCUUGCCAGGAAUCGGCAAAACCGAAAUAUAUGUUAUAGUCUAGUAAAUGUUAUGUAUACAUUUUCCACAACUUUCUAGGUUUUCGGGAUACUCUUAAUUCACAUCUCUAGUAAAAUAUUUUUUCGGUCUUCCUAGAAAAAUAUUCUAAGCUCCAUUUAAACUUGAAAUUGUUCUUUUACAAGUCCAGCAUUUAGUGAAAAUAAGAACGUUGCAGUUUAGGAAUCUAAUGGUUUUGUUAAAAACCUAUUUUUUGUGACUUAUGAAAUCUUAAGGCACAUGGAUUCCUAGCAGAUCAGUAUUAUUCAGAGUGAUGAAGAAUCUGGUGUUAAAAUUAGAAACUUGGGGCACCUGGGUGGCUCAGUCGGUUAAGCAUCUGCCUUUGGCUCAGGUCAUGAUCUCCAGGUCCUGGGAUCGAGCCAUGAGUCGGGCUCCCUGCUCGGGAGCCUGAUUCUCCCUCUCCCUCUGCUGCUCCCUCUGCUUGUGUGAGCAAGCUCGCUCUCGCUCGCUCUCUCUCUGUCAAAUAAAUAAAAUCUUUUUAAAAAAUAAAAAAUAGGGGCGCCUGGGUGGCUCAGGUGGUUAAGCGUCUGCCUUCGGCUCAGGUCAUGAUCCCAGGGUCCUGGGAUUGAGCCCCACAUCGGGCUCCCUGCUCAGUGGGGAGCCUGCUUCUCCCUCUCCCCGCCCCUCAUGCUCUCUCUCUGCCAAAUCUUUUUUUUUAAUUUAAAAAAUUAAAAAUGAAAUUAGAAAUUUAAAUCAUUAGCAAUUCAAACUGCAACACAGUAGGUGGUUUUUCAUUUUCUGUCAAAUUUAUCCCUUUUUUUUCUUUUUUUGGAGGGGAGAUUUAGAGGGACCUUAAAACACCUGUGAAUUAUUAAUCAUUUUUUUUUAUGUGCCAGUUGUAAAGUGAGUCCCUUUCCUAAUCAUUCUACCUGUUCAUAUACAUAUAAUCGGAGUUUGUCCCAGUUGUUGCUUGGUUACUUCCCAAUUAUAUUAAAUUCUUCAAGGAGUUGUUUUUAGACUUCGAGAGGGAUUUCUGUGAGGACACCCAGCAGAUUCAGGAAGACCCGUGGCUGAGUGUCAGCCAUCACCCUCUCAGGUGAGGAAAUACGGCUUACUGUGAGAGGACGAUUGUGCGGUCAGGGAACCUCUGUGUGUGUCUUUGCUCUACCUUUGCCCCAUUUUUCAAUGCUGUAGUAUUUGGAAACAUCCAAGGCAUUUGUCAUUGCACCCCAAACUAGUUCGGUAUGCAUCUCUGAAAAGAAUUUCUUUUUAAUUUUAUAUAAUCACCAUACCAUUGGGAACUUUUUUUUUUUUAAGAUUUUAUUUAUUUGACAGACACAGCGAGAGAGGGAACACAAGCAGGGGGAGGGGGAGAGGGAGAAGCAGGCUUCCCGCGGAGCAGGGAGCCCGAUGCGGGGCUCGAUGCGGGGCUCGAUCCCAGGAGUCCGGGAUCGUGACCUGAGCCGAAGGCAGACGCAUAACGACUGAGCCACCCAGGCGCCCCACCAUUGAGAACUUCUUAAAAGACACUGAUACAAAGCCAAGAUGGUUAUGUUUUUUCUUAUCUUGCAAUUAUAUAAAGUUUUCUGGCAGGUACUGAGAAAGCAAAAUGCUCAUCUUCCGUACCGUAUUUUCGGAGCGUGUGGCUAACUGUGCCGGCAGCGCCGUCCCUGGCCCCGGGGACCCCUGUGCCUGCAGCAGGGACGCCAGGACGGCCAGCACAGCAUCAAAUAAAAUGCUGAUUUCUGUAUGGGGGGGGGGCUCAAAUCGUUUUACAUCGAAUUUGUUUUUUGUAAUAGGAGUAAUUCAGAGUAAGUCUCCCGCAUCAUUCCCUUUUCCAGAAAAGUCAUUGUUUGUUUCCAUGGCCAUAAAUGUACAUCACAUACCCCGUAGUACGUAUUAUGCCCGUUUGCAGGGGAGAAUGGUGCUUUUCUGUGACACUCACGUUUCUCCGAAUGCCCCUGCUUUCCCAUUGCUUCUGUGCCUUUGCAUGGACUGUGUUUUCCUCCCUUGUGACGCACCCCCACCGGCUCUGCAAGUCUGUCAGCUCAGCCCGCUUGUCCUGUAGGGGGCGCCGUAGCACCUCUGCUGGGAGCCUUCUCUAAGCCCCUUCCCGCCCCUGCGCAUGUGCAGACACACUCUGCUCUUGGCAUUCUCUGACCUAACCUUGCUUUUGAUACUGAUCACGUUUCUCUGUCUCUUAUCCUUACUUGUCUUCUCUCUUGGGCUGAGACCUCCCGAGGACAGGGCUGCCUUCAGUGUGCCCAGGCCUGGCACAUGGGAGUGCUUGUGGAAGGCACAGAUGAGUCAUUUCUGUCCCCAGGACUUUCUAAAGUACUCGGAUGGCCAGUCUAUGCACUGCGAGAUCCGAUUUUGCAAAAUCCCCGAAGGAUGGUCAUAUGAUCCUGCUAACUCCCUUUCUGGCUGGGAGGGAGUUUCAUAACUCCUAGAGCCCUUUUCACAUGACAUCACCAAGCUGGUGAGGUGGAAGAGCCCAGCCUGCCCCCACAAAGAUCCACUUGGACAGCUUUAGACAGCUAGCCACAAAAUCAGCUCCAAGAGAGCUCAGGAGUCCACUUAAGAACGUCAACACAGUGGGGGUGCCUGGGUGGCUCAGUUGGUUAAGCGACUGCCUUCGGCUCAGGUCAUGAUCCUGGAGUCCCUGGAUCGAGUCCCACAUCGGGCUCCCUGCUCGGCGGGGAGUCUGCUGCUCCCUCUGACCCUCCUCCCUCUCAUGCUCUCUGUCUCUCAUUCUCUCUCUCAAAUAAAUAAAUAAAAUCUUAAAAAAAAAAAAAAGAA